AUGUGGUCAAGAGCCGUUUUUUUCCUGUUUCUAGGUGACUACCCUUCUUUUUCUGUCAAUUGAUCAUUUUUAGCUGCUUUUGCUAGCAGUAAAGGAAGUUACAAGUACGAGGGAUCUCUCUUUGACAGCGCAGAACUUGAGUUCGAUGAGGAGGACGAACAGGCAAGUGGCUCUAGCAGUUGUCGAAUGGCUUUCCCUCUUCCAGAGGAUGGGCUCUCUCUUCACCAAGUACCUGGCCGAUUCGAGGUCCCAACUCAUACUCGACUUGGACCUGUUCCAACACUUCUUCAACUACGGCGAGGCAUACCGACAAGGCGCCGAGGAAGGAAACGUAGAGCUAGUCAAGUACGCGAUUCAGAUCGUAGACAAGCUCAAAGAGUUUGACAUUUCCACAGGUUGGGCGCAGUUUUUUCAAAAAGUGUUUUGCUGUCAUAGUACCUGUUAUAUGGAAUCUUGCAGCUUGUGUUGGAGACAUGUUUCACUUGGCGUGGACGGCCGUCGAGUACGCGACUCACGUCGAGGAACAUCGCAACUGUUCCGACUGUCACUGCACGCCUCUGUUCCAGCAGAAGAAGAACGAACGUCAUUGGAUUUUCAACGGUUUAUCGUUCUCAGAUUGAACAGAGAAUAGAACUCAGGGAUUGAGACUAUGAAAAUCAAGAAUUUUUGCAUAGCUAUAUAAAACUAUCAAUGAGGAUUCAAAAAAGCUGCAAAAACAGUUCUACUCUUCUGGAAUCAUUUAAACUGACGGAAUAGUCUCAAACUCAAAAAGUUUACUUUUCUUGUAGUUCUGGAUGCGAUGGGAAAAGUGCCUUCGGGAGUCUCGAGCGGGAACAACUUGUGGGUCGGCUCCUGGAACACUUGUCGCAAGAUCAAAGUGAAAAAGAAUCAUCAGGGGUCCGAAGGAGUUUUCCCAGCAAAAUAAACUCCUUGGAUCUCAGCCAGCACUGGAAAGGACAAUACUGUCUGGCACAUGUUCACGCCUACGAGAGGGACAAUCCGUUGAAAUCUCUGGGCGACGAAGGACCCGUCGACCAGCACUGUUUGUGAGUUCUUUUCAGAGACUUUUUUGGACAUCUGUAUCGUUGCAGCGAACCUCCCAAACCGAAAAACACUUCUUUGGACACGCAGUGCUUCAACCUGUUCCCACUGCUCAAUUUCGGCGUCUGUCUUCCUGAUACCUGCACGGAAUAUGACGUCAAAAGAAUGCUUACUUUUGGUACUUGAAUCGUUCGAUUUAUACAAAGUCGAGUUUCUUAUUAGACAAAGAAUUUUUCAGUUCUUUCGUAGAUACCAGGGGGUUUCAUACUGAUGUUUUCCUCGGAGGUUAAAAAAGAAAGUUUCAUCAUUUUGGGAGCUUAUCAAAGAUUUCGAGCUAAACUUUCGUCAGGAAUCAGAAUGACGGAAGGAAUGAUGGGGGUGGACAAGGUGUGCCGCGUUUCUGUCGAGUGCCGCAACGAAAACGAGGAGAACUCCAUGACCAAGAGUUCGCUGGCCAUGUUUGCCUUGUCAGUUGCUCUUCCUUUUCCAUACUUUCCAGACUUCUCAAUUGGAAUAACUCAUUCUUGAAGGUAUUUUCUAAUCGCCACAAUCGUCGUCGUCGUAUUCGGAACGCUCUAUGACCUCUUCAUCAUUCAAAACGCCACAGAACCUAUCAUUAUGGAGCUCCAACGUAACGAUCUUCUGUUAUAUCGUCAACUCUCGGCCAAUUUUCAGAUCCAUUCAUAAAGUUUAUUCUUGCAUACUCACUCUAUACCAACGGAAUUCAAAUUCUUCAAUCGAAAAAAAGAGAGGUGAUUCCAGUUUUCUUCCAAUUUCGCCUUUUUUCUGAGAAAACUCCUGGUUAGCUUUAGGGAGAAAUCAACUCAUUGCACGGAGUUCGAUUUCUGAGUAUGUGCUGGAUUAUCCUUGGUCACACCUAUUAUUAUAUUGGAACAAGUUUAACCACAGGUACAAGUUUUGAUUGAAGAUAGAUUUCUUAACAACAUUUCUGGCAAAAAACGAAAGAAAGUUUUCUCUAGGUCUUUUUUCUUCUUUUUUCGAAACAAUAUUGGUAGACUUUCAAAAUUUCACUAAUAACUGCAAACUCCGUAGCGGGCUUAGACGGAGUUAUGAAAACAUAUGAAAGCCUUUAUUCAGACGCUUCGCAUCUCGCAUAGUUUUUUUUUUAUUUGCUUUUACGAUCACGUUUUCUUGCAAUUAAAUGUUUGAUAUAGACAAUCUUCUGCCAACUCUCGUCAACUUUCCUCAACAAUUCUACACACAGAUCAUUGUCCAAGCUCCUCUGGCCGUAGAUUCGUUCUUCUUUUUGAGGUUAACAUUUCUAUCUUCAUGAACUGAUUUUUCUUUUGCAGUGGCAUGCUAGCAGCUUUUUUCUUCUUCAAAAAGCUUCUGAAAGGCGACGGUCGUAGUUUGAAAGUGUUCAACCCUCGAAUCUGGCUGCUCUAUGAUCUCAAACGCUACACAAGGUACGCGGCAUGUAGACCCGCUUUAGUCUUUCGCCGCUCUUCCCAUCUCGCCAGCCUCUAUAGCUCAGUGGCAGAGCGUCUGUCUCGUAAACAGAAGGUCGACGGUUCAAUCCCGUCUGGAGGCAUAUUUUGUCUUGUCGUUUUUCAUGAGCUGUCUUGCAGAAUAACGCCGACUUAUGCGGUUGUCAUGCUCAUGGAUGUCACUCUUUUCACAUACGUUUCAAAUGGACCUUUUUGGAGGCCAAUUGAGAAACAAGGUUUUUUUCAAAAUAAAAUUUAAUAGCCAUUUACACAUAAAGGCUGUCGACAUGCUUGGUGGACAAACUUCCUGUACCUGAACAACUUUUUAUUGCAGGAUGUAGAAUGCGUAAGUUUUAAUAAAAUGAAAAGGAAAAAAAAAGGAAACUUUUCAGUGUAUGGGCUGGACGUGGUAUUUGGCUAACGAUUUCCAGUUCCAUCUGAUUCUCAUGCCACUCCUAGUCAUUGUUUUCUACAAAUGGUAAUGGUUUCUAUCAAGAAAACGCUAUGAAAACUUUCUUUGGAGGGGUAUGAAAGCCGGUUUUGCGACUUCAACGAUAAUUGUUGUAAUAUCCUCGGUCCUAAAACUGGUAAUCAUCCAGUACAAAGGUUUCCCACCAGCACCUCUUCUGACCGCGAAAUUACAAAUGUGAGUGCGAGUCCAUUCAGCAAGAACCGUCCCAGAGGACGAUCAGAACUUAUUUUUCUUGAAGAGUGAAACAGCUGGAUGAGUACUGGAACCAUGUGUAUGUCCGGCCGUACGUCAGAUGCGCUCCAUUCAUCGUGGGAGUUGUCGUCGGCUACUUGCUGAACGCCCUCACUGAAAAGGACCAGAAGGACCUCAACAUCAAGAUGUCGCGAGUACGUUGCCAGUUUUUGAGUGAGGGACGUCAUCUGAUUCAGAAGCACAUCAUCAUUGGCUGGGUGACGUCGACGGUCUUGGGUUUGUACUCAGUUUUCGGUCUCUACAAUUUUGCAAGGACUGGAAAUAUUUCCGAAUGGUGGAAGGUACGGCGUCUUCAAUUUCUCUUUUUUCCCCUCUUUUCUCGAAAACUUAAGACAAGCUCUAAUCAAAUCACUUAAUUUUUCGAACCAUCGAAAUGUUAUGGCGAUGCAGCCGAUAAAAAAGGACUAAUCCUUUUUUUAAAAUCGAUUCGACAGAAAAACUCUGCUAUCUAAUGUAUUUGAUAAGAUAAUUUUUUUAAGUUUUAAGUUUUCCGCCCUUUCUGGUAUUUCUAGUAUUUCUUCUAUCAGUUUACAAACUGAAAAUUUUAAGGAAAAAAAGGAAAUUGCAGGAUUUUGAAUUUUCAGACAGAACAGAAGCCUUCUGUUCGAAAAUUUAAAAAAGUAAAAGUAAAAAAAAUAGAAAAUAAAAAAUGAAAAAUUCAGUUUUCUGUCUAAAAAUUUAAUUCGCGUUGAAGAUUUUUCCACUCUUUUUAGGAUACAAUAUUUAUAUAUAGUCAAUGUUUCCCGACUUGAAAGGCGAGGGAGGCGGGGCAAGGGACGGGACGCGUAGCGUGCGCGUACGCGGUUCUUGGCACGAGUUCAAUUCAACCGCGAGCGAACAUUCAGAGAGCUUAUUUAUCGCUCUUUUCACUCCUUUUUCAAUUAUUUAUCGAUUAUGUUCAUGUGUGCAUCAAAAAAUAGUAGAAAAUACAGAAGAAGAACGGUUGCCGAGCUUUUUAGAUAGUCGGCGGCGAUUGAAUUGAACUGACGCCAAAAAGCGCGAACGCACACCACGGCGUUCCCAAACGGGGUGGCAAAACGUCAAAAAAAAUUUUGGCGCGAAAUUUGAAAUCUACAGUACUUCAGCCGAAGGCGAUCGAACAAACAAGUUAUUAACGUUGAAUAUUCAGUGUAAUUGUGACGUCACGUGACGUAAUUUUAUCCGUAGCGCGCACUAAAUUUUUUCUGUAAAUUCAGAAACUUUGACGCCUCGCUCACCUUCCCUCACCCCCAUUAAGAACGCCGUGCACACGCUACGCGUCCCGCCCCUUGCCCCGCCUACCUCGCCUUUCAAGUCGGGAAACAUUGACUAUAAUUGUAAAAAAAAACGCUAAAAUUCAGAAAAUUCGGAUGUACGUACGUACGUGCUAUUUAUAUCUUUCUCUUUCUCCAUUGAGGGGGAAGAAAACCCAGACAGAUCAGAAUUUUUUUAGCCGUGGCAAACGAUUCAUAUAUAUUCUACCGUUUUAGUAAAUCUAAAUGAAGUUCUCGAGAAAAAAAAAAUACAAGAAAAAAGUAAUGAAAUUCUUUUUUAAUAGGACAAACUCAAAAAUUAAAUCUUUUUUCGGUUGAAAGUGGACAUUCAGAGCAAUUUUGAGAGUUGAAUCACUGUGAAGUCAAUUUUUCCCGACUUGAAAUGCGAGAGAGGCAGAGAAGUGUGCGGGACGCGUAGCGUGUGCGUACGCGGUUCUUGAAACGAGUUCAAUUCAACCGCCAUGGCGGUUGAAUUGAACUCGUUGAUCGAUUAUUUAAAAAGCUCGGUCACAGUUCUUUUUGCAUCAUUCUAUUAAUUCUUAAUGCACAAAUAAACAAUCAAAAAAGAAAUAAAAAAGAAAUGAAAAGAAUCGAUAAAUGAGCUCUCCAAAUAGUCGCUGGCGCUUGAAUUGAACUAGUGCCAAAAACUGCGAACGCACACGCUACGCGUCCCGCCCACUUCUCUGCCUCCCUCGCCUUUCAAAUCGGGAAAAAUUGACUAUAUCAGCUUUUUUUCUGAUUUUUCAAGAUCCUCUACAUCGUUUUUGGCCGUCCAGCCUACGCUCUAUCUCUCGGUUGGGUCGUUUUCGCUUGUUCAUCUGGAAACGGAGGUCAGAAAGUGAUGCUGAACGUCAAGUCACAGAAAUCAGAUAUCCAGGCCCGUCAACAAGUUUUUGUCGUGGAAGUUCUUCGUGCCCUUGUCGAAGAUUACGUUCUGUGCCUAUCUUUUGCACCCUAUAAUGCUUCAAAUCUACAACCUCAGCCGUCCUCAACCUUUCCACUUCACUACUUUUGGACAAAUGGUGCGUCGCGAAAAGUUCGGUGAAGAAUGUUACCGUUUCAGUUGCGUCACACGUUGGAAGCGAUUUUCGUUUCUUACCUUCUUGCGUUUUUCUUCUGCUUGGCCUUUGAGAAACCGUUCACGGCGAUCGACGAGAUGCUUCUUCCGCAGAAGAAGUCGUCACGAGGCCGUCAGAACGGCGACGUCGAGCUCCAGCCAAUCGAGCAGCCGUUGCUCAAAACCGAGGCCUCAGUUACCUCCAAGAAGUAAUCUUAAGUUUUCCUCCUUGAGAACUUUUUCUUUUUUUAAACUAUUUUCCCGACCGGUUCUAUGCAACUAAUUAUUUUCAUCUAUCUCUUACCGUGUGAUUAUGAUUGUUGAGACGUUUUAGAAAUCCAAAAAAUUCCUAUAAUUCGCUAAUUUCCAAGGUAGAUUGAACCUCCGAGGAUGUAAUCGUCUUUUUUCCCAUAAUUUUCUGCCUUUCUCUCAAAAGCCAUUCUAUUAUACUGGAAGUCGCUUUCCAACCCUUUCAGACCAUCGCCGCCUAUUCAGGCUUCCCACUUUAAUCCGCUUGCUGUGAUACGUUCCAAACGUCUAUUCUCAAGUCAAACCGCCCUUUUAUGGAGCUUAUCCCACUUUACUUCGUGAUCCGACACUUAACGGGCUUCUUAAUAAUUACGAUUUUUUUCGAGAAUUAAAUAUUUAUUGAAGGUUUCAAAUUCCGUCUUUUUUUCAAUAUAGUUUAAUUUUUUUCAAAUAAAUUAAAAAAACAGAAUAUGAGUUACGGGAUAAUAUUUUAUAUGCGACAGUCACUUUUUAAUCUUAGUUUCAAAACUUUUGAAAAAUAGAACCGAAAAAAAGGAAUGCGCCUCCAAAAAAAGCCAAACCUCAACUUUAGAUCAGCGUUUUACGAAAAAAAUUUGUAUUCAACAUUUUUUUAACAGUGAAUAAAUGAAAACCCAUGGCUUGAAGUGAAUACUCCCUUUAUUCGUUUUUAAAUAUUCAAGAGGACGUUUAGAAAAGUUGAAUAGUUGGCAAUUAUGUUUCAGAAGAAGAAGAAAAACAAAUUGGAAUUUCAAUUUUUUUUUUGAUUAAAAAAAAGGUGCUUCUAUAAGAAAAAGACGCGUUCUCUAGUGUUGCUGAGAUUAUAGGGGAAUUGGCGAACGCGCCAAAAUGUUGGCAGCAGCAGAGAAGUGUAAAGAAGGGAACGGCGGAAAUGUUUGCGCGGAUUCUUCUUGGGUCGCCGUUCGUCACCGUUACCUUUACCUAAGUCAUCAUCCGAACUUCUCCAGAUUUUCGUUGAAAUUUAUGAAAUUGUGCUAAUGCUCAUUGUAAGAGACGUAGAGAGGCCGCCAAAAUCAAUGGAAAACGGGGUAGAGGAGAAGACGAGAGUGCACAUGGCGUUGACCGCGACGCAGCCGCGCCGCGACGUACCACCGAGUGGACGGAGGCCUCUCUUGGCCAGCGCGUUUGGGUCUGUGGAGCUUUCGACCAACUUUUCGGUUCGGGGAUGGAACCUCGCAAGGCGCCUUAUCUCAAUGCCGCGCCAAUUUGA